UUCUCCUUCUUUAUCUCCUUCUUUUUUUUACACUUUCGAAUUGUUUUACCAAAUUCGUCCACCUCGUCCACCUCUUCCUCUUCGAUCUUUUUUAAUUUCCUGCGUUUCUUCCUUUCUUUCUUUUUUUCCUGAAUUUUCGUCUUUAGCGCUCGUUCCGCUUUCCAUUGCUCGUAUCUUUCGCAACCUUUACGCAUGUUUUAUUAGGAAAAAAAGAAAAGAAAAAGAAAUUUUCAAUAUCAAAUUAUUAUUGUUGCUAAUGCACAGCGUUAAUUCUUUGAUUAGAUAGCGUUCAAUGAAUUAAGAGAUUAUUGGACACGGGGAGAGAGACGUAUAAUAAGUUGCGUAACUUUUACAUUUCUGCGUGUGAACAUUUUGAUUGAUUUUUGGAAUUCAUGAUUGGCCGGUUCGAUAACGGGAUUCGUGCUUGAAUUUUUUGAAAAGUUCAGUUUAGGUGGACAUUGUGUUGUGCGGAUGUAUUUUGUGUGUGAAUUUAUCAAGGGGAUCGGGAUCGUUAUCGAGAUUCGUAUCGUUUGUUUCUCGCUCGAUGCAUCAUGAUUCAAUCUCUAUGCGAUUAACUUCAUAUUAUAUUUAGUAUAAUUUUUUGACGGACAAUUUUAUUACAAACAUGCCAAAAUUCUAAGUAACGUAUACAAAAAUGAAAACUAUCGUUAUUCGAUAUUAGAAAAAAUCGUGAAAAUAUCGCAAAAAUUAUCAAUUGAAUCGUAUCCUCGGAAGAAGAUGUAGGUUAUAUUAAACCUACACCUAAAAUGAUGCAUUUUAACCAUUCUUCGUAAUUUCUUUCUUUUUUUUUUUUGGAAACGGUUUAAAAAAAAAUUGUUAUAAAUUAACGGGUAAAAGGAAAAAAAAAUUGUUUUACGAACUGCAACUGAAGCAAAAUGGAAAAGCCAGAAGUGAUACCACUAGAAAAAAAAAUAUACAGAGAAAAAUUGAAACAGCUCGCAACAUGCGAGCAAAUCGUUUCCGACGAAACUAUAAACGCCAUCGGCCGGGUGACCGAGAUCGUACGGGCCGCGGACGAUAACGCCCCCAGCAGCGAUGAACUCGACGAGGAACUCGAAGAGCAGUACAAAGACAUCAACUUGUAUCUCGAUUUGCCGAACGACACGUAUUCCUUGACCGAAAUCAGGCCGGAGCUUCCAUCGUGCGUUCGAUAUGGCGUGCGUGCAGGAAUGACCCAUAUCAACAUGCCAAAGUUCUCGCCAUUGUCAAGGGGUCAUCAGGGUGGCGCAACAGCGAUCGCUGCUUUUGCGACGACCACGGUGUACAAGUCUCGUUGCUGGAACGAGGCGGUGAUCGAUCAGAUCAUCGAGGACGGGGACACGUUCUACUGCGAUUCCUACAAAGACAUAAACACGGACGAUCGCCGAUUGCUCUCGAUUCUCGACUUGAAGAGGACCAUGUGCGUGCAGAACAAACUCGUGGUGAACGUGAGCAUCGAGGACGCGGUUUACGCCGGUAAAUUUCGUUCGACCGAGCCCACGGAAUUGCAUCUGGUCAAGGCUUUGGAUCUGUUCUUCAAACGUUACAACGCCGCCAUAUUGACGUCGUCGGUGUUGAACAUAGCGAUUUGGAAGGACGCGAAAUAUUACAAUCUGUUCGACGGCCAAGCGAGAAGGGAGAGCUGCGAACCGGCUCCGGACGGGGUCAGCGGGACGGCUAAAUUGUUCCUGGUCAAGGAUCUGAUUGGGCUUCUCUUCAUCAUUCUCGAGAAGAGCAACGUGAAGAACGAGCCCUUCGUCCUGUACACGAUAGCGAUCAGCGGCGUGGAACACCAUACCCAGGUAGCGGACCCCGAGAAACUAGAAAGACCCGAGACGAAACCGCAGAGGCGGCCGAGCGGUUACAAGAUGCAGGAGAAGUACCGAGCUGUGGUCCAAGGCUCUUAUCACGUCAAUCAUCCCGUCAUACCUCCACCGCUUCGAGGCCGCACCUUCUUGAUCAUAGCUUUGGCCGCCCUCGUCUACUCCCGUUUGGUGAACGCGAACAAAUGGACCAGCGCUUUGAUCGAUCUCAUCUUCAACCAAUCGAACAUAUACUUCGUGGAUCUGGUCCGCGUGCUCGACAAGGAUCUCGGGGACACCGAUUUCGAGCUUCGGCUGGACGACAUCAUGGGAGACAUCAUUCUGGGCGCGUAUUCGGCCAAGGUGAAGAUACGUACGAACGUGGUGCCCGGUUACGGGCAGAAGAGGGGCAAGUUGGCGAUCGACGACGGCAUACGCGAGUUCUUCCAAACGCAAUUGACGGGUUUGCUCGAGGUGAAGAAUUACUUCUACGCGAUAUGGAGGCACGACGACACGUACUACUUCAUGGAUCCGUUCGCCUGCGACGACGAGGGAUUCAGAAGCGGCACGGCCGACAUCGCGGGCUCGGACAAGCCAGGGGAGGCCGCUUGCGUCACGAUGAACAGCUCGAUCAACCAGGUGAUGGAGACUAUUAUGGAGAACACGGGUAGCAGGGACAGGGACCCGUUCGUGAUCCACGGAGUGAGGGUUUUGUACGUGAAGACAGGCACGACGCCAGGCGGUCCUUUGGAGAAGGUGAUCUAUCGGGAGAAGGGCACGAACCGAAGGCCUCAACCCCCCCCGUUACCCGUGGCGAGCCCGAGCGUGUUGAGGAUCGAGGAGAUGAGAAAGGUGGAUAUGAGCCCGAGGAUAAGGCCCGAGCUCGAGAAGUCGAAGGACGUGGACGUCCAGGUGCCCGACCUGAUGAAAAACGCGGAGAACUACAUGAUAAAGGACGACGAGCCGCUCACCUACACGAUCGUGACGCCCGAGGAGAAGGUGGCCGAGGCGGAGGUGCCCGGGGAGGAGGAGGAGUUGGAGGAGGAGGAGGAGGAGGAGGCGAUAGAGAAGUGGCGGGCGGAGAUAGCGGAGGGGGAGGAGGAGGAGGCGAAAGCGGAGAAAGAGGAGCCCGUUGUGAAGACGGUGAAAGGUUACAGGGUCGUGAAUCCUCAUCGUUUGAUCCUCCACGGGUCGAAGAACUGCUUGGACGAGGGUUUCGAUAUAUUGUCAAGAGGGAAGCAGGGAUUGAUCGCCGCCCUCGCGGCGAUAGCCUACAGGAAACUGAAGGAUCCGACCAAGUGGCGGAACAUGGACGUGGAUCAGUUGAUCGACGUGAGCAACAAAAUAUUCGAGGAGGUUGUGGAGUGGAUAAGGAAGGGCCGUCCCAAGUUGAAGGAGGACGUGGAAAUAGUAGGCGAAGUUGAGGAGGAAGAGGCGGAGGAGGAGGAGGAGCUGGAAGGGGAGGUGGAGGAGAAAUUGUUGCCGAGGCCGAGCCACGUGGACAUGACGAUGCUACCGGUCAGAUUGAAGAUGGGGGAGAACGACGUGUUCUUCAAGACGAAGAUGAAGAUCAUUCAGGGGGAAGCGUGCCCGUUGGCGAACCUUGGCGAGGCCCUCGAAUGUUACUUCAACCGUUACCCGGAGCUGGUGUUGGAGAACAAGAGAUUGAUGUACGGUAUAUGGAAGGAGGAUUCCCACUUCUUCAUGUUCAAUCCUUACGGGAGCGACGGCGAAGGUUGGCGCCUUCGCGACUAUCCGGCUUCUUUCGCGGUGACCGCCAGUUUGAACGAGUUGGUCGAUCUUCUUUACGGCGUGAUGGAGUUCAACGAUCAUUUCUUCACCAUUCAUUUCGUCGGAUUGGACUCGAUACAACCCGGCCUCUACGCCACCGAACAAGAGAUAAUAAUCCCGACCGACGCGCCGAUCGAGAAAUUCAAGACGUCGUUUUUACCGAUCACGGACGCCGAUUUGAAAAAGUUGGAGGCCGAAUUAUUGGCGGAACAGGUGGUGGAGAAAGAGCCGGAGGAGUUCAUAGUGGACAUCGAGGAAGAGGCGGAGGAGGAGGAGGAAGAAGAGGAGGAAGAGGGGAAGAAGGUCGUGAAGAAGGUUCUGAAGGAGGAGGAGAAGCCUAUAAUCGAUCCGUUGCUCGAGGUCAAGGAGCAGGAUCAACCCGAUCCUCCCUACCGUUUGAAUCUCAUCCUAUUGACGUCCAACAUGAAGAUCUACGACGAGAACGACGAGACGAUCGAUCAGGUCCACGAACAAUUAGCUUUGGAGAAGCUCAAGUACAAUCAUCCGCCCCCAUACGUUUUGCCAUCGAAUAAGAUCUUGAUGAAACUUCUCGAGGCGAAACGAGCCAAACGAUCCAUCCCAUCUUUGGUAUCCAGAUUCUCCAUAGACUCGAGGCUGGACGUGAAAAAGAAGGCGCCUAUGUACAUAUCGAAAUCGGCCGUGAUCAUGCCAGGCGGGCCUGAAGUCUACGAGCCGAUACCCUCGAAAAUGAUCAAGUUGUCCCCCAACAAAUACCUCUACUCUAGAAUUUUACCGAUAUGCCUGAUGCCUCUCAGAGCUAUCGACGAUAUGUACAUCCAGGACGAGAGUAUCGCCAAGACUAUGAGGGAGAAAGAGAUAAAAAGAUUGGAGGACGAGAGGAAACGUGCCCAAGAAUUCGUUAAACAAGACGUGCCUGAGAUACCGGUGGGAAUUCGAAUACGACCGAUCUUGUUGAUGCUCGGUCCGAUCAUCAAAACACCGACCCCUGAGAAACGAUUGACCAUGACUUGUAUCGAGAAGAAGAAACGGAAGUGUCUGUUGCCCAAGACCGACGAGGGUGACGUGCUCAUGGAGAAGAUUCUCUGCAACACCGAGGAUUUGUUGCUAGAAUUGUUUUUCCCCGAUUUCAAAGCGAAAACUGAUCAGGUUCGUCUAUAUGUAUACGUAUACGAUGGGAUAUUUAAAAGAGAAAUAUAUAUGUUUACUCGCGCGUCGAUUAUUAUUAUUAUCAUCAUUUCGUUGCUUAUUCCCGCGAUACGAUGUACAGUUGGAAACGAAAAUAGUGGAGACGAGAAGCAAGCAGAUGUUGUCCAAACUAUUGGAGGGAGAAACGUCGACGAUCAGGAAGCCAACCGGUAUGAAUCCUUUGUUCCUUGUUUCUCUCUCUCUCUUUCUCUCUUUCUCUUUGAUCUUAAGCUCACCGAGGAUGGGAUCCGAAUAAUAUCCGGCAGCAUGUGUUACGACAACCGUGCCGUGGUCGAAGCCUGCCACUACAAAUCUUGCUUCUUCUCCGCCCUGUUGUGCAUCCUGACAAAGAUCAAAUUGGACCCGGACAACUUCUCAGGCAAGAUUCUCGAUCAGCUGAUAUUCCUCGGGGACAAGAUCUAUCAGAAGACCGGGAAGCUUCGAUUCAAGCCGUAUCGAUGGUUCCAUCACAUAGAGAUCUUGGACACGAUUUACAACGUGAUCACGAAACAGAUCAUUUACGCGGAUCCCGAGAAUUGCGAGGACGACGACCUGGAGUUCGUCACGGACAAUUUCUUCGAGAAGAACAAAACGGGGAUCAUCGUGUUCGCCAAUUGCUCGUACGCCGUUUGGACGGCGAACGAUCGAUACUACUUGUUCGAUCCUUAUCCAUGCGACGACAGGGGGAACGCUUCGGGGGAAGGCUACUCUUGCCUGAUGGAAUUCUGCGACCUGGCCUCGAUGAUGGAGAAGAUCGAGAGGAACGUAGGCGAGAACACGAAGAAACCGUAUCGAGUGUACACGAUAUGCAUAGCCCACAUGGAGAACAGGAAACGGAAGAGGAAACGAAAGAAGAAGGCGAACCGCGUGGUGGAGAGAAGCGCGGUGAGGCAGGUGAUGGAGGAGACGACGGGGCGAGGCGUGGAGGAGCCCGAGAUGGAGACGACCGCUAUCUCGACCGCGUCCGAGGUAUCGUUGAUCGAGCAAUCGGAUUGGGUGAGGAGCGAGGAGUCGAAAGUGAGCCUCGCGUACGACUUGACGAUCCCCGGUUUCGCCCCGAUCGAGCAUUACAACGCAUCGAUGCUCGACGUGCUGGUCCUCGAGGACGAGAUCACCACCCCCCUGUUGGCGCCCUUCAAGAAAUCCUCGUUGAGGAAAUCGGCGGCGGCCGACGACGAGUUCGAGGCGAUAAAGUUGUUGGUGAGGAAGAAGGUUUUCGAGAAGAAGUUCAAGUGUCACUCGGCGAUCUCGACCCCGCUGGAUCUUUGCAUCAUGGCGUGGUCGUUGAUCCACGAUCCGAUAACUUGGUCGGUUAGAACGGUGAAAGGUUUGUACGAGGCGAGCGUCGACUACACUUUCGACAGUUUGUUGGCCACCGAGGAUUCGACGGUGAGCGAGAUGAUAGAUGGCCUCCUGCCCGAAUUCGAGAUAGCCAAUUACGUGUUCCGCGUCGUCUCGGUCCCCCUUCACUACGGAACCCUUUACAGCACCGAGGGUUGGAAUCUGUCCAUGUCGUUGCAGAAGGUGUUCGACACGCCUAGCUACACGGGAGCGAUACUCAUUUGCGGCGAAUCUCACAUCGGUAUCUUGAAGAAGGACGAAAAUCACUUCGCGUGGUGGACGGUGAAGAGGACGAAGAAGUUGAGAUUCGUCACAUCCUCGGACAUGAGAGAAUUCUUGAAACUGAUCAUCCAGGAGAUGGAUCAACCGAAGGAAACGUUUUUCGUCAUAAGAGUGAUCACCGUCUCCUAUGCUCAGAAGAUAGAUCCCGAUUGCAGCGACACGAAAGGUCUGCACGAGCCGGUCGUGCCUUUGUCCUCCUUGGCCGAGAUCCAUCGUAUGCCGGCCAAGCCUUACGACCUCGAGGCGAUCUUCAGGCCGACCAUGCCCGAAUCCAACAAGCCGAUAUUCAUCCACGGGACGGUCGCUCUAAACAACAGGGACGCGGUGGUCGAGCCCAAGGUGAAGAGGUGUUACUUCGUCGCCGUCUUGGCCGUGAUGGUGCAGCGGGACAUCAUUCAAAGCCCGAUGCCAGGCAUGAUAGACAAAGUGAUCGAGGUCGCGGAAUCGGUUUACAGGGAAUUCGGGGAAUUGAAAUUUCACACGGAACAGAUUCUGCGCAAUGUUACCGUGAUGAACAGGAUCUUCGAUUUACGGGACAUCGUUUAUCCCUUGGUCAGGCUCACGUUCAACCCUCGAACCAUGAAAAACGAUUUUUACAUCCAGGUAAGGAAGCACGUGAGAAAAUUCUUUAAAACGAGCUCGAGCGGGAUUUUGCACUUUACCAAUUGCUGUUACGGUUUCUGGUACUCGAGGGCGACGAACGCCUAUUAUUAUCUAGAUCCUUAUCAAUGCAACGAGAAGGGGAAGAGAGUGGAGCGAGGCGGUAAAGCGUGCCUCUGCAUAUUUCCCACCAUUUGCCAAAUGGUGAGGCAGAUGACGUUGAAUCAAUUCGAAGAGACGACGGGCUUCUUUAUACACCGCCUUCACGUGGAAUCGGUCAACAUGCCCCCGUUCAAAACGUUCAAGGAGGACCCCAUGUGGUUGUACCUCGACUACCAUUGGAACUUCAGACACGCUCCUGACAUAGUCAAGUUGGGAAACAAGAAGAAGAAGCAGGAGGAGGAGGCGGAACAGGAAAACGUGAAGCAAUUCUGGAACAAUUACGCUAUCGAGGUGACCAAUCUUAUUUACUCGGUUUGGGGCACGAUCGGUUGCUACGAUUCCAGAUUCGGGGAUCGGGCCGGUAGGAAUCAAGCGGCGAUCUGCGUCGCCGUCCUUGCCAUGCAGUAUCUCAGUCAUCCGUCGAGAUGGGGCCCGGCCAUACUGGACUCGGCGGUGAUUUGCGGAGACUCGUACUACACGGAGAGUCUGAGAAGCUCGAUCAUGCGAUGCACCAAGCAUUUCAACAGGUUCAACCUGCAGACCACGUUUAAGAUCUUCCCCCACGUGUGGAUCAUAGACUUCAGGGACAGCAUAUGCGGGAUUUUGUACGGGGCACGUAACAGGAUGACCCUCGCCUGCGCCCUCAAAAAGUCCUUCGAGGAAUCUCCCAACGUUCUGAUCGAGUGCAACAAGAUCACGUUGGCCGCACUGGCCGCAAAAGACGGCUACUACGUAGCCGACCCGUGCUGGGUCGGGCCGCCCCUCUUCACCAAGGACCACGGGGCCAUGUACGUUCUGCGUUGCAAAAAUAUGAACUCGUUGGUGUACGCGGUGAUCAAGAUGCUCAACACGAAUCAGAGGCUCGACUUCCGCAUCUCCCCCGUCCUCUUCACGUUCCAACAGGAGGACUUCAACUUCGCCGAUGUGGUGAAACGGGAGCCGAAGAGGAAGGUGUUGAUGGAGCCUCUGAGGACCACGCCGGGCAAGGCGAGCGAUCCUAUCGGACCUAUACCGGGCGCCCACACCACUCCCGACGAAGACUCUUUCCUCGCGUAUCACAAGAAUGUGAGCGAGGGUUACAGGAAGAGCUACGAGCUCGAGAAUCCCGAGCUGCCGUCCGUCGAGCCCGUGCUGGAGAAGGACAACAUGACGAGCGCGCUGAUCAGCACCACUUGGCACUUGAAUCUGGGCCAAGCCGCCCCUCUCGAGAAAGUCACCCCCGUGUUCGAUCCACGCUUGAUCGAGCACGUGCCGGAACAAUGCGAGGACCGGGUCGUGGACUCGUUCAAACCCAUGUUCCCCGCCCAGAUGUCCAUCACCGACUUCUUGGAGGUUUGCGGUGGUUAUCCGACGGUGAUGGAUUUCACGAGCGAGCAACCGCCCCCGAAGAGGCCGCUCGAGUGCGCAGCCGCGACCAGCUUCCUCACGGAAACGGCGCGCCAACAGUUCCGAAUCCACACCACCGACAUGGCCAACGAGGUGUACAAGACUUACAAGCAUCGGCUGCCCACGUUGGCCAGGCAGAGGAUGAUGCGGGACGAGAUUGGCGAGGAUAUUCAGCCUACCGAGGAAGAGGCGAAACAGAACUCGCCCGAUACGGAGGCGGAGACGGAGGAUGAAACGUUCACAGAGACGGAAGCCACCGAGGCCACCGAUGAAACUGGAUAUUAAACGAAAUUUUCCUUUUCUUUUCCUUUUUUUUCUUCUUCUUCAAUUUUCUCCAUUUUUAUCGCUAUUAAUUUAUUUUGUUCGAUGUAUAUCGAACUCGAAUUUUUUCGAAAGUUUUGGUGAAAGUCCCUCGUGUCGUGUCUUGGCGAAACUUUUAUUUAAUAUAUUUUCUAUAUCGCAAUUUUGAAUAUAAUCCGUGAAUAAAUGAUUCCGCGGGAUCGUUGUUGUGGUCGAUCGAUUUUGUGGCCAAUUGAUUUCCUAGAAAUCCUAGAGUAUUUACGCUGUUUUAUAUAUGAUGUAAUAUUUUAUUAUUACGUGUGAGUUUUGGGAUUUAUUGAGCUAAAAGGAUCACGGAACGCAAGUUUCGUUUUGUGUUUCAUUGGAUGUGCGUCAGUAUUUAUAUAGACGUAUAUUAUUUUAUAUUUUAUAAUCUUUCGAUGAAUGCUUUCAUGAACUAUAAAUAAAUAAAAGUGACUAUAAAUAAAAAGAUAACGUAAAAAAAAAAAAAAAAAAAUAAAAUAACCGAUAUGUUUUUGUAAUUUAUAUGGACGUGCAAUAAUGCGCGUUUGUCCCGAGAGAUUGUUGCACAAUAUUUAUUAAGCAACAAAUACGGAAUGAUAAUUACGUGGAAAAUUUUAAAACUGAUAAUAAUCGAAACGUUUGUUCGCACGUAGAUGUAUGAAGUAUCGUUCGAUAUUUCUCUAACGUUUCGCUCGAAGGUAAACCACUCCAGAGUUCCGACUUCGGUGUAGAAAUCGAAUUGUCCUUUAUUAUUUUGAAAUCAUUCGAAGAUGUGGUCGUUAAGAUGAAGCGGUCCACCUUGGAUCCUACGAUCAUCGAACUCUUUUUACUUGCCUCGAGAACUUACUUAUGACUUUUUCUGAAAGUCAGGGUUACGAGACUAACAUUAAUCACGACAAUCCCCUCCUUCUCUCUCAAAAAACGAGUGAAAAAUAAAAAUUUGAUUUUCCAUUAAUUAUUUUCCAAUAAAGUAGACAAAUUAAUCUCGAAUUGUAAUUUAUUUGACAAAAACGUACAAAUUAGUAAGUUUAAUGGUGGACGGCAAUUAACAUUAAAAUAAAAACUUUACAAUACGUACAAUGAUACAUAAGAGAUAAAAAAAAGGAUUUAUUCUACUUACGAUGAUAAUGACACAAAUUUAAUCGAAAAAAAAGAGAUUUAGAUUUUAGCCUUAAUGGAAUACGAUAUAAAAUACGAUUGAUUUUUAUAAAAAAAAAUCAUACAAAUAUUCGAUAUAUUCGAUAAAUAUUAAUCGAUAUUAAAAUAGGCGACGCAUCUCGUAUAAUUUUUCUUUUUGCGUCUAAUUAUCAUUAAUACGCAAUAAUAAUUGUUAGCGAUACAAAGUGAAAUUAGUACAAUUUAUUAUAUAUAAUAUAUAUAUAUAAAUAUAUACUAUAUAUCAUUUAGGCAUAAGAAAAUUCACAAUAUACGAAAAGCAGCUUGGUUCGUUCUGUUUGAUAUGAUUCGAAAAUUACACCGACGCAUCGUAUUUUUAUUAUCUGCAAUUAUAUCGCAUAGUAUAAAAUGUAAAAUAUUGUGCAUUCUAAAUCAAUGAAAAAAUGUAUAUAUGUAUAUAUAUAUAUAUAUUUAUAUAUAUAUAUUUAUAUAUAUAUAUAUAUAG